GUAUCCGGAUUGAGAAGAUGAUCAGUCAGUCAUCUCCCGAGUGUUUACAUGUGAAUAAGUCUUCCGUGUGAUUUCAAAGUGGCAUUUACAGAGGAUUUCUCAGAACUGUGCUAAAGACACCGACUGACGAUCAAGAUGCUGGACGUGCGAAAGGCUUUCGCUAUUCUCGCGUGCACCGUGGCGAUUCAGGCGCAGAUGAACUGGUGCGAGAUUGAGGAGGCGAGUUGCCAGGGCCAGGGAAGACACAUCGCUUGCGAGAAUACGCAGUUCCCGCAGGGAAAGUGCCAGAACAAGGCGUCCGUGCCCAUCGAUGAGGAUCUCAAGAUUGUCAUUCUGGCGCGCCACAACAGGUAUCGCAGCCAGCUGGCCAUCGGCCACGUUCCGCGCUUCCCGAAGGCCGCCAAGAUGGAGGAGAUGGUGUGGGACGAUCAGUUGGCGUACUUGGCGCAGCAGCAUGUGAAGCACUGCAGCUUCAUGCACGACGAGUGCCGCGCCACGGAGGAAUUCCCCACGGCGGGACAGAAUCUCGCCUUCACGGCCGAGCCCACGGCCAACGUGAGCUAUCCGUCGAUCCUGGACUCGCUCGUGGAUCUGUGGUGGAAGGAGCAUGAGAAGACCAAAGUGACCAUCGUGGACGAGCUGAAGGCCACGGACUCCCUCACAAGUGGACACUUCUCGCAGAUGGCCAAGGAGGCCAACACGCACAUCGGCUGCGGAUACCUGACCUACGAGUACGACGCCGACGAUACGCACUGGUUCUCGCACAUGCUCACGUGCAACUACGCGGACAACAACUGGCUGGGACAGCCCAUGUACACACCCGGCGAUCCCUGCUCGCAGUGCAAGGAGCUCGGCAAGGCGUGCAGCAAGAAGUACCCGGGACUUUGCGCAGCAUCGCUCAUCUAACCAUCUGCAUGUGUUCUGUUUGUAAAAUAAAGUGUAUACGAGCCAACAAUUAAA